CUCUUGGGGCAUGUUAGAGCUGAGGCCUCUGUUAGCUUCUUCAAUCCUCAGAGGCACACAGGGAGCCACACCAUCCUUCGACAACUGCAAAUAUGGAAUGAACUGAGAAGAUUACAGAAAGAAGACAUCAACAAGUUUGUGAAGAAAGAGCUCCUCACCAUGGAGCCAAAGGCAUCAGUGACAUCCCCCCAGGACAAACCGCUACCUCGUUGGAGUCUGAGCUCCAGCUCUGGUCUACGUUAUGGCUCUUUUGUGAACAGUCUUUCAUCACUUACACCAAAUACAGAGGACAACAAACCAGCCACAUCGCCUAGAGGCGCCUACAUAGCUGUAGCUGUGCUUUGCUACCUCAACUUGCUCAACUACAUGGAACGGUACACAAUAGCAGGUGUCCUUACUGACAUUCAGACGUUCUUUGAUAUAAGUGACAGUACAGCUGCACUUCUACAAACAGUCUUCAUCUGCAGUUUCUUACUUAUGGCCCCUCUCUUCGGUUAUCUUGGGGACCGCUACAACCGGAAAUACAUCAUGAUUGGUGGUUUGUGUGUGUGGCUUGUGACUGCGGCUAGCAGUUCUCUUGUCACUGAGUCGUUCUUCUGGCUUCUGAUGUUGUUGCGAGGCAUGGUCGGUAUUGGAGAGGCCAGCUACUCCACCAUUGCUCCUACCAUCAUCGCUGACCUCUUUACAGGGCCUCAAAGAAGCCUCAUGAUCUGUAUCUUCUACAUAUUUAUCCCUGUUGGAAGUGGUCUUGGAUACAUAACAGGGGCAAGUAUUGCUUCUCUCACAGGGGACUGGCGCUGGGCUCUCAGGAUGACUCCCAUCUUGGGUGUAGUGGGACUUUUCUUGCUGGUCUUCUUGUGCCCUAACCCACCCAGGGGUGCUGCUGAAACCCACGGAGAGGGGGUUAGAGGGCAAAGCUCUUACCUGGAGGACAUCAAGUAUCUUCUGAAAAAUAAAAGUUACGUGUGGUCUACACUGGGAGUGACGGCUACAGCCUUCCUCACUGGAGCCCUGGCUUUCUGGACACCUUCUUUUCUGUCCAGAGCUCAGGUCACUCAGAAAAUCCGACCGGCGUGCACCAAAGAGCCUUGCGACGCCACAGACAGCUAUAUCUUCGGAGCUGUGACGGUGGUGACGGGCAUUCUGGGAGGAUGUAUUGGCACUCUUUUAUCUAGACGGUUCAGGGACAAGGUGCCAAAUGCGGACCCACUCAUCUGCGCAGUAGGCUUGCUGGGUUCAGGCCCCUGCCUCUUUAUCGCCGUUUUUGUGGCAUCAGCAAGCAUUCCCACCACUUAUGUAUUCAUUUUCUUAGGUGAAGUAUUGAUAUCACUGAACUGGGCUGUCCUGGCCGAUAUACUGCUGUAUGUUGUUAUACCAACCAGACGGUCCACAGCUGAGGCCCUCCAGAUUACUUUCGGCCAUCUCCUGGGUGACGCUGGGAGUCCGUACCUAGUAGGAGCGAUCUCUGAUGCCAUACACAAAUCUAAACCUGAAACUCCUGAUUGGAGCUUCCACAGUCUGAAGUACAGCCUCAUGGUCUGCCCAGUUGUUGGGAUUGUGGGUGGACUGUUUUUCCUCAUGGCUGCGCUCUACGUUACUGAAGACCGGAAGUUAGCUAUGCGAUUGGUUGAAGAAGAUCCCCCACCACAGCAAGGUCCUGCGUCUGAGCCAUCCAUGGAACUGGACACUGGGAGAAAUAAUGAGUAAAGCUGGACAAAGGCAACCAUGCAAUUAAUUUAUCUGUAAAUAUCUGAAGUCAGGUUACUGGUGUGAACAACAGGAUGUUGGCCCUGCCUUAUAAAGAUCAUUCACAGCCACACAGUGAUGACAGAUGCAGAUAAAACUUCUUAAUUCACACUGUCAGACCAUCCAAUCCCUUUUUAUAACAUGUUUCUCUGUUCACUCAGGCUAAAAGUUGAAGUCAAGUCAAUCACAAAUCACAAAUUUGCUAUCAGGACUGCAUACAAAAAAACAGGGGAACAAAGGAAAAACAAAAGUGGAAACAGACAUUUUUACAGUACUAUUAAAGUAAAACCUGAACAUCUUUGCCUGCCUGUUAGUCAUUUUAAAAUGUUACCUCACAUUCAGGGGCUCCAUGCAGUAUACUUGAAAAAUAAAUGCAAUGAAUGGAAAUGUUGUAUUUGAUACAGAUUUAAUAAAUUUGCAAGUAAAAACUUUA